AUAUGGUUGAAGGAUGGGGAAAACUCCAAGUGAACAUACAGAUAUCCUCAAUAGUGCGCAUGGGGACAAACACGAAGAGUAUAUAAGGUUUUCAUGGGUCAGUCAGUCCGUGACUGGAUCCAUCAGCGGUUGUGUUCUGCACUGAGCUUCAUCACAGAAAGACUCCAUCAAGAUGUGUGACGACGACGAGACUACCGCCCUUGUGUGCGACAAUGGUUCAGGCCUGGUCAAGGCUGGCUUUGCCGGUGAUGACGCCCCCAGAGCCGUCUUCCCCUCCAUCGUUGGUCGCCCCCGUCACCAGGGUGUCAUGGUGGGUAUGGGUCAGAAGGACUCAUACGUAGGAGAUGAAGCUCAGAGCAAGAGGGGUAUCCUCACUCUGAAGUACCCCAUUGAGCACGGUAUCAUUACCAACUGGGACGAUAUGGAGAAGAUCUGGCACCACACCUUCUACAACGAGCUCCGUGUCGCCCCUGAGGAGCACCCAACUCUGCUGACUGAGGCCCCUCUGAACCCCAAGGCUAACCGUGAGAAGAUGACCCAGAUCAUGUUUGAGACCUUCAACGUCCCAGCCAUGUAUGUGGCCAUUCAGGCUGUGCUGUCCCUCUACGCUUCUGGCCGUACCACUGGUAUUGUGCUGGACUCUGGUGAUGGUGUGUCCCACAAUGUCCCCAUCUAUGAGGGUUACGCUCUGCCCCACGCCAUCAUGCGUCUUGAUCUGGCUGGUCGCGAUCUGACCGACUACCUCAUGAAGAUCCUGACCGAGCGUGGUUACUCUUUCGUCACAACUGCUGAGCGUGAGAUUGUCCGUGACAUCAAGGAGAAGCUGUGCUAUGUGGCUCUGGACUUUGAGAAUGAGAUGGCCACUGCCGCCUCUUCCUCUUCCCUGGAGAAGAGCUACGAGUUGCCCGACGGUCAGGUCAUCACCAUUGGUAACGAGCGUUUCCGUUGCCCAGAGACCCUCUUCCAGCCUUCCUUCAUUGGUAUGGAGUCUGCUGGUAUCCAUGAGACCGCCUACAACAGCAUCAUGAAGUGCGACAUUGACAUCAGGAAGGAUCUGUAUGCCAACAAUGUCUUGUCCGGUGGUACCACCAUGUACCCAGGUAUUGCUGACCGUAUGCAGAAGGAGAUCACUGCUCUGGCCCCCAGCACCAUGAAGAUCAAGAUCAUUGCCCCACCUGAGCGUAAAUACUCUGUAUGGAUCGGUGGCUCCAUCUUGGCUUCCCUGUCCACCUUCCAGCAGAUGUGGAUCACCAAGCAGGAAUACGAUGAGGCAGGCCCCAGCAUUGUCCACCGCAAGUGCUUCUAAAUCUAUCUGUAUCUCUUUGCUGUGGAAUAUGCAAUAAUGGAGAAUACAUUCAUCACUAUGGGACAGCUUUGGUACAAAUUUAUUUUGUAUGCACGUGUUACUUGGAACACACCCUGGAUUAUCAAGCAGGAACACGAUGAGGCAGGCCCCAGCAUUGUCCAAACAGACACAAUCAAGAUCCAGAAGACCAAUAUACCAUGUCAUCUAUCACAAGACUGUAAUCUGUACAUAAAUAAUCAUUAAUUUAUUAAAGUCCAUUAUUUGGUA